AACUUUGAAUAGAGAAAAAGGAGGAAACAUUAUCAAACAAAAUAUUUUCUCAGUCAACAAACAACAACAAGAGAAAUAAAAAGGAUAACAAAAUCCGCGAUUUUCUCCGCUGAGAAGAUUGGAAGCGUAAGAGAAUAGCGGUGAAGAUUGAUUGAUUCUGAUUUCUUCAUUUUUCUAGUGGCAGAACUGAAAAAUCGAAGAUUGUGAUCGAAGAAAGCACCGGUUUGGUCUGGUCUUGAGCAGUAAAAAGGUGGGUUUUGCUUCUUUUCCCAAAACCCCCUCGGUUUGUUUCGUUUUCAGGAGGUGUAUGAAAAGAUAGAGAAAGAAAAAAGGAAAAUCUUUGGUGGGUUUUUUUUUAGAAUUUUCAUUUUCAGUGUUGUGCUUGAAAUGGGGUUUCAGGAUUUUGAAAUCUUUUUUGUGGGUCUCUUCUUAUUCGAUGGAUUGUUUUGUAGCUGAAAAUCUUGGGAUUUCGUGUUGUAAUCUUUAGAGGGUGGCAGUGGCACUUGGUCUUUUGUGUAGUUUGAGUAUGUUCAAACAGAUUCUUAGUAAGCUUCCGCGGAAGUCUUCUAAGAGUGUCGAAAAUCGUGAUUCUAGUAGUGCUUCCACCAGUUCAAGAAGUGGAGAAUUAGGGACUAGAAAGUCUGGAAAUUUAGGAGCUAAUUAUGCUUUAGAAGUUGGUCAGAAUAACGGAAACAAAAAUGCCCGAAUUGCGAAUGUGAAGUCGAGGCCUAAUGGCUUCCCGGUGUCGUCGUCGUCUUACGAAGCAUUGCCAGCGUUCAGGGAUGUUCCAAGCUCCGAGAGGCAGAGUUUGUUAAUAAAAAAAUUGAACUUGUGUUGUGUUGUAUUUGAUUACACUGACCCAACCAAGCACCUCAAAGAAAAGGAGAUCAAACGCCAAACAUUGUUGGAGCUAGUGGAUUACUUGACUUCUUCCAAUGGUAAAUUUUCGGAAACGGUUAUGCAAGAGGGCAUAAAAAUGGUAUCGGCAAAUUUGUUUAGGUCUUUCACCCCGCAAUUGCGCGAGCACAAAGUUGUGGAAGGUUUUGAUUUGGAAGAGGAAGAGCCUUCUAUGGAUCCAGCAUGGUCUCAUUUGCAAAUUGUAUAUGAGUUUCUCUUGAGGUUUGUUGCAUCACCUGAUACCGACACGAAAUUGGCUAAAAGAUACGUUGAUCACUCGUUUAUUCUCAAGUUGCUUGAUCUUUUUGACUCUGAGGAUCCUAGAGAAAGGGAGUAUCUAAAAACCAUCCUGCACCGCAUUUAUGGGAAAUUUAUGGUACAUCGACCAUUCAUAAGGAAAGCUAUCAACAACAUCUUUUUUCGUCUCAUCUUCGAGACUGAGAAGCAUAAUGGUAUUGCGGAACUGCUAGAAAUUUUGGGAAGCAUUAUAAAUGGUUUUGCUCUGCCUCUGAAAGAAGAGCAUAAGUUAUUUCUUGUUCGGGUGCUUAUCCCCUUGCACAAACCGAAAUGCUUGGUGAUGUACCAUCAACAAUUAUCUUACUGCAUCACACAAUUUGUGGAAAAAGAUUGCAAGCUUGCUGAUACAGUCAUAAGGGGUUUGUUGAAGUACUGGCCAAUCACCAAUAGUAACAAGGAAGUCAUGUUCUUAGGUGAGUUGGAGGAAGUUUUAGAAGCGACUCAGCCUCCGGAAUUCCAGCGUUGCAUGGUGCCCUUGUUUCGCCAGCUUGCUCGUUGUUUGAACAGCUUUCACUUUCAGGUUGCAGAGAGAGCCUUGUUUUUAUGGAACAAUGACCAUAUUCAGAACUUGAUCAAACAAAACUGUCAUGUUAUACUGCCCAUAAUAUUUCCUGCUUUGGAGAAAAAUGCUAGGAAUCACUGGAACCAAGCUGUUCAUAGCUUGACCUUAAAUGUCCGUAAGAUCUUCCAUGAUCUUGAUCCCGAGCUGUUCAAAGAAUGCUUGGUCACGUUUGAGGAAGAGAAGUCGAAGGAAGAAGAGAUUAAAGCAAGACGUGAGGCCACAUGGAGACGUCUAGAAGAGCUUGCUUCAAAGAAAGCGACGAGCAAUGAAGCGGUGCUCGUUCCUUACAAAGCUCCUCCGAGUACAGCCUCGGUUUAGCUGCAGCAGGAGUUUCUAGGUGACAGUUCCAAUGGCCUCCAUUUUUUGUUUCUUGAUUGAGAUGGGGUUGGUGACGUGGUGAGUGGUUGACUGGUUCAGGGGGUUUUAAUGUUUAUGCAUUCAAUUAUUUUCUCACCUGCUGAGAGAAAUAUUUCAGAUCAUAUCAUGUGGGAAGAGUCUAGCCAAUAACUAAACAAAAUCCCAGAAAUUACAUUGCCAAUUAUUUUGUUGAUCCUUUUUCCUUCAAAUCUUAUUCUAAGGUCUUUUGCUGA